UUGAAUGAUUUGUAUUAAGCCAAGAACCAUCCCAUUAAUUUUCUGACAAUAAAAGUUAAUUUGUUAAAGUUUUUCGGGAAAAUGGCUGGUGUAGUUUUAGAGACGUUGAGCUGGAAAAAGUUGAUUAUUUUAGGAUUACUUUUGUUAUUCCUGCUGAUAUCGUUUUUCCUGAUUGGUGGAUUAAUAGCACCCAAUCCUUCAAAUGUAAUCAAUGUUCUUGGUACGAUUUGUAAGAACGAGGGAGGUAUAGGAAACAAAGAGUGGUUUAUACCUAGAGGUGGUCACGAGAAAUGUAUACAGUAUGAUAAUCUAGACGUUCCCGGGAUCGAGGACGACAGAACUUCAGCUAACCAGAGGCAGCUUAAGCUCGUUACUGAUAAUCAAGCUCUUCAAGAUGAUCUGAAUCAGUCUGUUUUCUGUGUUGAAAAUUUGAAGCCACAGGAAUUUCCAUUUUAUACAGGAUUUCAAUCUCAAGAUGUUUUUAAUGUGGUACUUGGGCUUCUAAAUCCAGGUGAAAAUGGAGAAAAUAUUUCAGUUGUUCAAGAGAAAGAAAAUGUUAUUUUGAACUUUUAUCUUACAGAAGAGGAUGCUACCAUUCAACUUGACGCCAGGAUAGGCUACAGAAACAAAGACGAUGAUGUUAACGACUGGAAGGAACUAGCGAAAUCCCUCGAGGAACGUAAUCUGAACUGUAAAAUGGAGGGAAAGAAGGAAAAUGGCUAUGCAUACGAUUGUGACCCACUGUCAUUCUUUGAGCUUGGCAGUGUCCAUCAUGACUACUAUCUUGUAAAUAUUAAAGUCCCAGUGGAGCCAUAUAAAGGGAUCAACAUGGGAAUUGGAAAACUAAGGGAUAUCACUCUUGUUGCAAUUCACCAGAAUGGAGGCUUCACUAAAGUGUGGCUGUCAAUCAAGACAGUGAUGUUCCCAAUGGUAUUGGCUGUCCUCAUAUGGUACUGGAGAAGAAUCUCGUUACUGACACGACCAGCUAAUUUGUUGGAAAGGACACUUUUUGCACUUGGCGUAGCUAUGUCAGUUUUAAAUUGUCCCCUGGAGUGGUUCACAUUGGUGUUGGAUAUGCCAUUCAUGCUGUUGAUCACUGACAUUAGACAGGGUGGUUUCUAUGCCAUGCUUCUUAGUUUCUGGAUCAUAUUUACAGGAGAACAUAUUAUGGACCAGACAGAGAGGAACAGACUGGCUCUCUACUGGAAACAUCUUCUAGCUGUUGUGAUUGGUUGUUUCUGUCUGCUGCUCUUUGAACUCUCAGAAAGAGGUGUACAGCUGGCUAACCCCUUCUUCAGUAUCUGGGUCACUGGUAUUGGAUCUAAACUGGCUUUAUCUGUCAUCAUUAUAGCAGCUAUUGCAGCCUCCUGUUAUUUCUUCUUCCUGUGUUACAUGAUCUUCCUGGUGUUUAGGAACAUCAGUUCUAAGAAGACGGCAUUACCUUCUAUGAGCAGUGGAAGACGCUUGUAUUACAUGGGUCUGAUAUACAGAUUUAAGUUCUUGAUGUUGACAACACUCGUAUGUGCAGCGUUGACCGUGAUCUUCUUUAUAAUGAGUCAGUUGAGUGAAGGAAAAUGGAAAUGGGGUGAUGAGGAUCUGAACUUGGAGUAUACAAGUGCUUUCUUCACGGGUGUAUAUGGAAUGUGGAACGUUUACGUGAUUGGAUUACUAUCACUGUAUGCCCCAUCUCAUAAACAGUUGGCUCCGGAAGGCACUACAUCAGACAACAGUCAAGAGGAAGAGGUUCAACUGACCUACAUGCCAUCCACGUCGGAGGGGUCCACUUUCCAGUCCUUUGCUGCAAAAGCUGCGACCGACUAAAUUAAUUAUUUAUCUACGCAACUCCUGAUUUGAAGUGUACAUAGUGUAUAUACAUUGUAAUACGCUGAAAAAUUUUCACUUUUUUAUUUGAAUCAAAAUGUUAUUUAAGGCCAAAAACAAAACAAACAAUUUGAUCAUCAUUUCAAUGCCAAAAUAAUGGGCUUAUGUUGCUUACUUGUAGUUACACUCGUGUAUAAUAAUAGAAAUAAUCUUGUCAAGCAACAAAAAGAAACAAUUUGUUAAAUAUCCAGGAUCUUAUUUACAGUGUAAGCCUAUCAAAGAUGUCAGCUUAAGCAAUAGUCCCAAUAUAUGAAACACUUUCAUUUAAAUCUGCUGAAAACCAGUCAAAGGACAUUUUACUCCUCACAGGAAGUGAGGAGGAAGUACCGUAUAAGUGGUUUUUUCUGCGGGCUCCAAAUUCUGCGGUUUUUCCAAAUUUUGGCAGGUUUUUAUUUCUGCGGACUUUAUUUCUACGGCACAUUCUUCGGACAAAACGUGAUUUAAAUUCUGCGGCUCAUCUUAUCAAAGUCUAAGUCACAUUACUCUUCCUAUUUUAUUUGCAUGUACAUUCGCAUUAAAAUUUUGUUUACUGUCAUCACUGCAAAACUAUAUAGUUAUUACAAACAAUUAUAUUGCAAAAAAAUAUAAUGUGCAACAAUAGACAGUAUGCAUCUUUUGAUCAGCGUGAAAUGACUUGUGAAAAAUAUACUCAGGUAGUAACUUUAAUUUAAUAAAAUUAAUAGAAGUUUAUUGUCGAUCAGACAACAAUUAACGUAUACGACGAUUAUAUAGCAGUAUAAGAGUUUAAAUGGUUUUAAUGAUUUAGUGGUAAACACUAAACAAAUCUUCUAGCGUACAGGCAAACACUAUGAUGUUUAAAUUUAUUUGUUCAUAAAUUGGCAUACCAGUAAAUAACAAUAGGUACAUCCUUACAAGCGCAUAUUACAUACUUAACCGAAAGCAAUUUUAUAUAACUCGAUGACCCGCUAACCGUUUUAAUCCGUUAGUCGUUUACUUUAGAGGAAACAAGUCAUAAUGUAGGACACAUAUCGUUAGAAAAACAAAACGUGAAGAAAUAUUCUGCGGUUUUUAUUUCUGCGGUGCUGAAACUGACCGCAGAAAACGCAGAAAUAAAGUCACCGCAUAAAAAACCACUUAUACGGUAAUACAAAAAAGUAGUCCCUUGACAGGAAGUGACUGCAUAGCAUUUCAUGUGAAAAAAAGUAGUCCCAUGAUUUUGACAAGGUAGAGUGAUAAAAUUUAUUAAACAUUGUUGAUAAAGAUAAUUAUUAUUUAUUAUAUUGGCUAUGCAGUUAUGCAGUUAUCAUGAGAAUAGAUCUGAACUUUUAUCAUUGUCAAUUUUGUGAAGCAAUAUAUUUUAUUUUUUGUACAUAUUAUUUUUUUCAUCCCCUUGCAUAAUAUGUAAUAAGCUGUUUUUCAAUGAACAUUUUCCUGAACUACUUUUCUUACUUUUUAACAACAUAUCAAAAUACUUGGAUACAAGAAAAAAUUUGUCUUUGGUUGUGUGGGAGGGCGGGUCUCUUUUAUUUAUUUCCACUAUAAACAUUUCAGAUGUUGUGAUUAAGGUUUUAGAUUCCCUAACUGAAUAUUUUAAAAUUCAGACACAGUACUUUAUGUCUUCCAAAUCAUAUCAUAACAAAAGAAAAAGUGUUAAUUUGCAAGUUUUGAGACAUUUUAAAUUUUUUUAUAAUGGUCUCUAUGACAACGGAACACGCAUUGCUUAUUGAGAAACUUCUUGUGUUGAAUUCAUGUAGCUAUGUAACAGCAGGUCAGUAAUUUUUCUUCUAGAUCAUGCCACAGGGUAAGGACAUUCUGCAUCACAACUUAGGAACAAAUUUGAGACCUUUAAAUUACCAUUUUUGCAGUUUUACAAACUGAAUUAUUAAGCCGUUCACAAUUUUUUCUUCACAUUAAAUGAUUUUCUUCCCAUUCGGACCUUUUUUACCUUGAUAAGAGAAAAGGAAGCAGUAAAAUAAUAUAACAGUAUCACAAACAUGUAAAUAUUUAUAAAACUGAUGUUGGUGCAAAGUCAAGCAUUCCAGUAAGAGUAGCCUCAAGGGCUGAGUGGUUUCAGUUGCAAAUUUUUAAACACCUGUCCCCCUGGCAAGUACAUUUGAAGAGGCUCCCUAGCUAGUAUAGUUGAAACUGGUGGUUCAACUAAGGUGCCUGCACAUGCUUUAAAUAAUGCACAGAGGGCACACAGGCUAAUUGUCCACUAGUAAUAAUAGUAAAUAUGCCAUGGGACCUUUUAAAAGUUGGUGUUACAGGUUUGGACUUGGAUCAAACCAAGAAAUGAAACCAGUAUAUCACUGAUGUUAAACUGUCUUGUAAAACCAGUAUAUCACUGAUGUUAAACUGUCUUGUCUUUAGGGCAUUAGAAAUCACAACUACUCAAUGUACUAUCUGCCCAUAUUGAUUAUAUACUUUGUAAUAGACCUGUAUUGCAAUUUAUCAAUUCUUAAAGGAAUUCAGUAAGAAAGAUCCAUUAACCAUUAAUGGUGUUGCUACUGGUGAUGGGAUUAUUAAAGCAGCACGCCUCCAGAUUCAUGCUAAUUUUCAUGAAUUUUUUUUCUCAAGUUUGAUUUUAUUGAAAUAUUUUGACUUAUCUGGAGGCUUGUAGCUUUAAGACAGUGGUAACAUUUCUUUAUGCAAGUUUGUGAUUAAGUAGCAUUUAGCUACUACAAAAUGUGCCAUUUUCUCAAAAAAUAUUGUGAAUCUUUAACACACUUUAGUUGAUCUCUGCAAAAUAAAUUUACCAUUUGUUUUUGUAAUGUUUUAUCAGUACUUGAUAUAUUUCAUUGUUUUUUCUAUCUACAUGUCUUUAAUUUCAUUAAAACGCCAUAUUUCCGAAUUUUUAAUCACAAAAGUUUAAUGUUGUUCAGAUAAAUGGGCAAUACAAUCUCAGAUAUUGUUUAGAAAAUAUUGAUUUUUGUAAUUUCUUGUACAAAUUUCAAAUCUCUUGCCUCUAACGGCUGUGGGUUUGAAUCCCUCCAAGAUUAGAGAAUAGUGCAAUUUUCUUUAUGACAAAACCAUUUGAUAUUACUAACCACUAGUUACAUCAUUUAUCUGACAUCACUUAUAACCAUUAAACCACAGGUAUUUGCCUCUAAACCAAGGAAUUGUGGGUCAGGGCACUACUUUGGUCAUGACCACAUUUCCUCAUAAUGGACACCAGUACUCGAAAACUGUAUAAUAUAAUUUGUGAGAACCUUUUUCACAAUCAAGUGCUUAUAAAUAAGGAUAACUCUAACCCUGCCUUUGCCCACCAGAAUAGAGCCAAGCUAGUAUACACAUCCAUACAAUCUGACCAGGCUCUAUACUGUUGGUAGCUGAAUUUUUGUAUUUUGAGAUUGCAAUCCCUUACAACUUUGAAUGGACUGUUCCAAAUUCAAAGCAGGGCAAAUCCAUUUUACAAUUUCAUCAGGUCAUUGGUUAAACUAAAUGCAGCUCAUACAAAGUCUUGGAAUAUUCUCAGCAGUGAUCUCCAAGCUAUAUUGAUUAUGGUUACAGAUUAAGUAGAUAAUUGGGAUCAAAGGUCAAUGUGGUUUAUUGAGUGAUUAAAAUUGUAAAUAAAAGAUACAUUUAUUGUUCUACAUAUAUCAAUCUAUUAAACAAAAAAAGAUGUGGCAUAGUUAAGUGUGAAAUAAUGAACAAUUUUGGAAAUUUUCAAUUUUGUUGUACAUGUAUUAAGUAAAGAAAAUUUUUGACUUUCUUUAAAAAUAUGAUGACAUAUAUACUUUUUAUGCAAACAUGUGUGACUGUAAAUACAGUACAAUUUCUAUAGAGUGACACGCUUUGGGAGACAAUUAAAUAGUUUGGUUGUGAUGGUGAGAGGUGUUGAUCUACAGAGCAUAGGUGCCUGAUAUCUAAUACACACUCUCCUCUACCCUUCUCUUUUAUAUAUAAUAAAUGAUAGAUA